CACUGUGCAACCAUGAACGACCUGCCCUCCGGCAUGGACGUGGUGUUCUCCCUGCUACGGAGGCUGUUGAUGCGAGAGACCUUCGAAGAAGAUGUGCAGGUCUUUACCGACAUGGGUGUGUCUGGCUAUGUGAGCCGAGUCAUGCUGUCGGCUUUGGGGGACCUGACCUUCGAAGGCGAGGAGUGCGCCACCGAAGAGGCUGCUCAGUCGGCUGCGGUGGCGUCCUGCCUCGAUGCGUUUGCUUCGGUGGGUAGCAUGGCAAAAGUGGCGCUGGGUGUGGAGACACCCCAUCCACCAGCGGAGGCGCCGCCGCCGGAGCUGGUAGCUGCCCGCGGAGGUUGGUGGCCACAGCCUGAGGAGCCCCCGACCAAAAAGGCCCGGACCUUCCCGAUGCCAGUGGGACGGCUGCCACCGUCGAGACCCGAGCCGAAGGUCAAGGUGAAAGCCAUGCCGAAGCCGCCGUCAGGGCUGGUCGUUGCGCCGGAUGUGGGAGAAGGCAAGGCGCAGCUGCAUAGCCUGCUUUCACGCAUCAUAGGGCGGUCUGUGACCAAGGCAGAUGUGAUCUACGAAGUCUUCCCGGUGGAGGGAGGAUUUCAGGCCAUUCUGACGCUGCCCAACGGGGGUCACAACAUCGCAGGUCAUCCUGCCACCACCAAGAAGGAUGCGGAGCAAUCUGCAGCGGCGUUGGCUUCUGAGUGGCUGCAGGAGAACGUGGCGAUACCUGGCUUAGCGCCUGGCUCGCUGGAUGCUUCAAAGACAUCUCGGAAGAGGUCUCACUCGCAGAUCCUGGGAGCUGUGCAGGCCCAGAAAGUUGGAAAGGUGAAGGAGGUUCUGCGCACCGCUUCCUCCAACAGCAUCCUUUUGGAAGAAGGCUCCGACUUCUCCAUUUGGCGUGAUGUCAGACUCGAGCCAUGCACAAUGGAAGACGUUCCGGAUCCAGCUUCACUCGACUACUACUACGGCCAGAUCUGCCUGGUUUGCCAGGUGGUGGUGUCCAUGAAGGGCUGGGAGGCCCACGCCACGGGGAAGAAGCACUCCCAGAGGUUGCAGAUGCAGCCCAUGAAGCUUCGCUCCCACGUGGAAAGGCCGUUGCCAACGCCGCCCUGUGACCUGCUGGGCCCGGAGCACUUCCGCUCCACCGGCGCUUGGUGUCUGAAGGAUGAUCUUGGGGAGUUCCCGGCAGUGCUGACGCUUGGGGAGAUGGAUUUCUCCUUUUCCCUGGCGGUGGCAAAUCUCCGGCCUCCGGGGAAAGUCAUGGUGGCCACCUCCUACCUCGCGGAGCACGACCCCAGUGAGGUGGAGGUGCACCCGGCGGACGACGGGGAGAGGGCGACCUACUGCCGCAAGUCUUUGCCUGGCAUGGCUGGGGCGCUGAACAAAAACAUCAGCCGCCUGAGGGCGCUGGGGGCGGAGGUGCUGCACAGUGUGGACGCCACAAACCUGGAAGGCACGCUCAGGACGCAGGGCAUCGAAGGCGGCUUCCACAUAGUGGUCUUCCCCUUCCCCCGGUAUUCGCUGAGUCGGGCGCCGAACCCCUGCAACUCCAGGUUGCUCCGGGACUUCUUUACCAGCGUCACCUCUGGGGGGUUCUUGUUGGAAGGUGGCCUCAUCCAGCUGGUGAUGCUCUCCUCCCAGUACGAAGACUGGGAUGUGAAUGGCGUGGCCUCGGACGCCCAGCUGCGCCUCACCUCGCGGGUGGCGCUGCCUGGGUCCUUUUAUCAACCCCGGGAGAUGUCGGGCAAGGCCUGGACCCCCGCGGGCGCCGAGCUGCUGACCUUUGAGGCGGCCUGAGCGAGAGCCGCUUUGCGCCUCGGGGAAGAUCCGGUG